UUUUAUUUUGUUAACAUGCAUAGAUCUGAUAAAAAUCGAGCGGUGUAUUUUCCUUUGCUCUUGCAACAAAUAUUGGUAUUCAUAUAACAAAUCGGCUGCAAACGUAAAAAAUAAUAAUAAUCAUAAAUAAAUUUAAUAUUACUUUUAUUAUAUAUAAUCUGUUGUAUUAUUUAACCCUUUUAUUCUCUUUCCUGCAAUUUUCUUCAGAUUUAUUUUUGUUUUCCUCACAAGGGCCUAAUGAUACCUUAUAUUUCAUCAACGUGUAUACGCUACUGAGGACUUCUACGGAUAGCUUACUGCGCAUGCACUGGGACUAGCCAACACUGGAUGGGGUAUUUUGUGUUAGAUUAAGUUUAGGUUAAGUUAGGAUGGGGUAUGUUGCAUUAGAUUGGUUUAGGUUAUGUUAGGAUGGAGUAUCUCGUUCUAUUAGGUUCAAAAUAAGUUAGAAUGAGUUAUGGAGAAGAAUACAAAACAAACCUAUGAAGAUUCUAAUGAAGAAAAUCAGAUAAACAAGUCAAGUAAUGAAUAUGAAGCAGAUUUUAUUAAUCAACCACAACGAAUCGACGAAUCUAGCUCAAAUUAUAAAUCCAAACAAAAUAAGGCAGUUUCGCAUUAUACGUCUCAGCACAAUCAACGGGAACGUACGCAUUCCCGUUCUCGUUCACCGAACAACAUAAACAGUCCUAAAAAAUGGAUAAGCUCAAAUGCUUUUAUCAAUUUCGUACGAGACUUGAGACAUAAGUCUUCGGGUGAAAAGAAUACAAAGCUAUUUCAAAUAGCUGGAGAAAAAUGGCGAAAAAUGUCUUUUGAAGAAAAACAACCAUAUGUAAAUGCAGCUCUCAGCAUUAGAAAUCGGAAAAAUGAGCAGAAGAAUCAAGAAUUAAGUAGAUCUGAAACAAAUGCAGAAUCUGCGAAGAAUGAAAAUACACCAAAACAAGAAACUGCCAAUAAGAAAUCAGCAAAGAAUAAACAGAAAUCCAAAAAAGGCACCAAAAAUGAAAGUAACACUGAAUCAGAUGAUGGUUCAAUUACCUCAGGCACAACAGCAUCAGUAACAAGCGAGGAUACAUCGGAUUCAAAUUAAAAAACAAACAGCAACCAAUUAUAUAAAUCCUAAUGUAACUUCUAUCAAUUUGUAUUCCCAUUUGUAAUUUGUUAUUUGGUAAAUGAAAUUGUUGAAUGAAUAUACACUUAUACAUCAUAUAAUACUGACAGAAAUGCGUCUUUUAUAUAAAAUAUAAAGUAACAAUUGU